AGCAUGUCUAUAAUUUUAGUAGAUCUCGUAUGAGAUCACUUUGUGUGCUGAGCAAUUCAUAGAGAUUUAUUUAGACCGAUGGCUAUGACUAGAGCUGGUUCGGAUGCUGAUGCAGACUCAACUAAAAUUAUGAAGGUGGACAAUGAAUGGUGGAAACAUGCGGUGUUUUAUCAAAUUUAUCCACGUUCAUUUAUGGACAGUAAUAAUGAUGGUAUAGGGGAUCUACAAGGAGUCAUCAAGAAAUUACCGUAUCUUGCUGAAACUGGUAUUACGGCUACAUGGUUAAGCCCUAUUUUUCAAUCACCCAUGGUUGAUUUUGGCUAUGAUAUUUCUAAUUUUAAGGGCAUACACAGCGAAUACGGAACCAUGGAAGACUUUGAAGAACUUAUAUUAGAAGCGAAUAAUUUGGAUAUUAAAAUUGUUUUGGACUUUGUACCCAAUCAUUCUUCGGAUAAGAGUGAAUGGUUUAUAAAAUCAGCAGCUAAAGAAGAAGGUUAUGAAGAUUUCUAUGUCUGGUCAGAUGGUAAGAUAAACGAAGAUGGAGAACACGAGCCACCAAAUAACUGGCAAUCAGUAUUUUAUGGCUCAGCAUGGACUUGGCAUACCGAAAGAAAGCAGUACUAUUAUCAUCAAUUUACCAAAGAACAGCCAGAUUUGAACUACCGUAAUCCUAAGGUGGUAAAAGCCAUGGAUGAUGUUAUACUAUUUUGGCUGGACAAAGGAGUUAGUGGUUUUCGUGUAGAUGCUGUUAAUCAUUUAUUUGAACAUCCCGACUUGGUAGAUGAACCUAUAAGUGGCAAAACAGAAGAUCCGAAAUCAUACGAAUAUACUAAACACAUUCACACCAAAGAUUUGCCCGAAGUAUAUGACAUGCUAUACCACUGGCGUGCUUUAUUAGAUGAUUACUCUCAAGCUCAUGGUGGCGCCGCUCGCAUUAUGAUGACUGAAGCCUAUGCGGAUUUGAAAUUUUUAAUGGACUAUUAUGAGAACAAAGAAGGAGCCAAAGGACCUCAAUUUCCCUUUAACUUCUUGUUGUUAACAGAUCUUAAUGAUAAAUCAGAUGCCAGAGAUUUUGUGUUUAACAUACAGAAAUGGUUGACAUAUAUGCCGAAACAUCACACAGCAAAUUGGGUUAUGGGUAACCAUGAUAAUCCACGUAUAGCUUCCAGAUUUAGUAGAAAUAUUGUCGACGCAAUUAAUAUGCUGAUUAUGACUCUGCCAGGUGUGGCGGUUACAUAUAAUGGCGAGGAAAUUGGCAUGGAAGAUUAUCGUGAUAUUAGUUGGUUGGAUACCGUUGAUCCACCUGCACGUAACGCUGGACCGGAUAAUUAUAAACUGGUCUCACGUGAUCCAGAACGUACACCUUUUCAAUGGAGUGCAGAUAAAAAUGGCGGCUUUUCAAAUGCCGACAAAACUUGGUUACCAGUUCACCCAAAUUAUAAACAAUUAAAUUUGGAAUUACAAAUGGCCGCAGAAAAGAGCCAUUAUAAGAUUUAUAAAGAUUUGGUCCAAAUGCGGAAAUUAGAAGUUUUAAAACAAGGACGUACACGUUUGGAGGUUAUAAAUCGUAAUGUUUUUGCAGUAAUAAGAUUUUUAAAAGGCCAUACAUCUAUUAUAACUAUUAUGAAUGUGGGAUCUGAGGAGGAGGUUGUCGAUUUGGAUGAAGUACUAGAUGACAUUAAACAAUUGACAGUGCUAAUAUCUGGAGUAAAUUCUAUUUAUGAUAAAGGAUUUAAAAUCUCUACCAACUCUGCUGCUGGCAAAAGUAACUUAACUCUAAUGGCUCAUCAUGCCUUGGUGUGUCGUGUUCCAUUUGGGUUUUCAGUAGAACGUCGUGCUAUUGUCAAAUCUAUUGUUAAAGCUGCGAAUAUCAUAUUAGUUGGCCUCCUAAUGUACAAUUUAUGGAAUAAUAAAUGGACUAAGUUGAAUUUUAAUAAAAAGGCAGCAUUUUAAUAAAUAAUACAUUUUAAUUUAUAUUCAUAGAUUUAAAAAAAUAUUAGAUGAAUUAUAUACAUAUAUAUGUAACAGCUCAUGUUAGCUACUUACGUACGCGUGUACUCCAGAUACCCCUUAAGUUAGUUAAGCAUCUGUCAAGGAAAUUAUGUUUAUGAUUACAAAUAGAUAUUGCUGACCCCGAUCCCUUUCUUCGUAAUUUAAUUAGAGCACAAAAACAUAUUCUACAAAAAUUACUCUAAGAAGUAGUAAUGCCUUAAUUAUGACCAUAUAAAUAAAGGAUAAUUUUUCUUCGGUCUCAGUAGCAUUAAGAGAAAACCAUUAAACAUUUUAUAAAAUUAAAUAGUUUUACAUUUCUCUUAUUUAUGGCAUAACAACAAGAAAAAUAUAAAUAUAAUAAUAAUGGCAACAGCAGAAACAAAGGAAUUCCGACAGAAAAACGACGACAAGAAAAAUAUUUAAAAUAAUAUCACGUAAACUUUAUGUAAAUAGUAGCGAGCAUAAAGUAAACAGUAGCGAGCAUAUAAAUUGUAACGCCGGUUCAUAUGAUCUUUAAAUUUGCUUGUUUCACGAAAGGUUAAAUGAAGUGUAAUUUUUUUGGAAAAUGUUUUACCAAGAAACCACAUGUCAACAAAAACAUGAUCCGUUAUUUUACGAAACGUAGCAACAUUGGUCAAGGGAACAGUGGGUACGGCCUUAUAUGACAACGUGAGCAAAUACACUUUAUUUGGCUCCGAUUACAUAAAUUUUUAGGCCAUCUAGUAGCCUAGACAAAUACAUUGUCUUCUACAAGCAGUAAUUUAUGACGAAUAAUAAUUUUGGUGUGAUGAAAGAAGCUAGAUUUUUGGUUCUGUAGCUCUAUAGCUUAAAUAUUAGUUCUAUUUUUAUUAAAUGAUAACUAAUAAUUUUAUAAUAAUCGCAUUAUAUAAUUUCUUCAAGAAAGUUUAAUUAAACACACAAAAAAAUAUAAAUUUGUUGUUAUUUCAUUGUGUUGAUUUUUUGUGCUCGCUAUUGUAUGUUCGUAGAAUCACAAGGACUUUUAAGUGACAUAAAGAUUAGUGAGGGUUGAAUUAAAAAAAUUUCUUGCCAAAAGUAGUAUACAUAUUUUGAUAUAAUAAUUCCACUUUAUAUACUACACACAUGUAUUGUAAAACUA